CCGAGCAUGCACUCAAUAAGAACAGGGAUGUGAUGCUUUUCUUUCUCUCUCUUUCUCUCUAUCUUAAAAACCAACGAAAAUCUCGCCAUGACUCAGCCAAAGAAAGUUGUUCUCGUCACCGGUUGCACCACUGGAGGCAUCGGUUAUGAAGUUGCCAAGUCAUUCGAAAGAAACGGAUGCAGGGUUUAUGCUGGGGCUAGACGCGUGGAAGCCAUUACAAACAUUGAAGGACUUGAUAUUGAGAAAAUCUAUAUUGAUGUUGUGAAUGAGCAAUCCAUCAAAGAGGCUGUAGAGCACAUCAUCACUAAGGAAGGCCGAAUUGACAUUUUAUUCAACAAUGCAGGAAUAGGCCUUGCCUGCCCUAUCAUUGACAUGUCUGUCGAGCAAACUCGCCAAUUGAUUGAUACCAAUAUCACUUCGGUAAUCUUGACGUCUAAAGCAGUAGCGCCUCACAUGAUUCGUCAAGGAUCUGGUUUGAUUGCGAAUGUUGGUUCUGCCACUGCAUAUUUAUCUACACCUUGGGGUGGCCUUUAUUCUGCUAGUAAAGCAGCUGUUCAUUCUCUAUCGGAUGCCAUGCGCCUGGAAUUGGCACCAUUUGGUGUUCAUGUCUGUACUAUAGUUCCAGGUGCUAUCAAGUCCAAUAUUGGUGACAAUAACUUGAAGAAAUUUAGCCUUCCUGCAGGUUCAUUUUACCAAUCCGUGUUCAAGUAUGUCAUGGCUAGAGCGAACAUGUCUCAAGCUCCGAAUUCGACUCCAACUGCAAAUUUCGCCUCCUAUGUCGUGAGCAAGUGCCUCAAAUCAUCACCUCCACGCUACAUCGAUUAUGGCUCACUCUCCAAUUUGAUUAGAAUUAUUCGAUACAUGCCCCGGUCUAUUUCCGAAUUCAUAUUUGCAAAAGAAAUUUGGUCUGCAGGUUCUAAAGCAAAACGUGAAUGAGGGCAAAGUCUUGAAAGAUGGCAAGACCAUCUAGUCCAUCAGUCAAUCCCAUCCAUCUUUAAAAAAAAAGUGUGAUAACUAUUAACAAUAAACUAUAACGACUAAAACAGCUGUUUGGUGUAGCUGGUUUAUCAC